UGUAGGUGCCUCAACCAGUGGCCUCAACAGAUGUCCUCGUGUUGCCGUAACAACAAAGGUCACAGGAAUCAAAACACUGAAAAUGGCUUCGAAAGUCACGCCACAGAAUGGCCAAUCGGUUUCAGAUUCUAGGUUAUGGCAAUCUAAGGAGAAAGAGUAUUUUGAAAUGAACGAGAGAGAACUAUGGUGGCGCAGAACAAUAAAAAAUACACCCAUUCCAGGAACAUAUGAUACAAAGACAUUUAUUGAUGAGCUCAUUGCACAACCAGUCAAAAAAACAUAUGGAUUCAAAAGUGAAGGGAGAAAAAGAAAUGCUGAUCCUUCUAGGAAAGGUCAUUACUUAAUGCCUGGGCUAUAUGAUAAAAAGGAUGGCCUUGCACAUGAGCUUGGAAGAAAAAGGAUGACAUAUAACUUUGCAUCAGUUGACAGAAACGAUUUAUCUGGAGUUGUUUCAGGGACAGUUGACAAAGUGAUACAAAAAAGUCAAGUUGGUCCAGCUACCUAUGACCCUGGUUACAAACCAGUUCCUUGUUUCCCAGUCAGGGACCCUGUUUUCAAAUCACAGAGUCAAAGAUUCCCAACUAUCCAUUUCAAACCAAAAGAGGGCCCAGCUCCUGGACAAUAUGAAGCGUUUAAAGAAUCAGAAGUUAAAAAAUGUUUGAAGGCAACUGCACCAUUCAAGUCAAAGACACCUCGUUUUAUCAAACCCCACUUUCAGAAAACUCCGGGACCUGGAAGUUACACAAAAAUGAAUCAGAUACCUAUGCCAUCUCAUGUGCGGCAUCUUGGGAGAUACCAUGGCCUAUUCUUUCCACCUGGAGUUUACUGAGCCAAAAAGCUGGAAUUUGUGUCAAGCUUGUGAAGACAGGUGAAAAACUCAUUCUUUAGUGAGGUGUCAACCGAGCUGCUUAUCAAAUAUGUUCGCACAUUUGGGAAAAAAGAUGAUUGCCAGAGCAACACACAGAAAAAUGGUUGUGAAGUAAUCAUAAACAGCAUAACCCUUCAUCUGCUACCUUGAAGAACCUUUUGCAUCAACAGUAUAAUUGUAUAGAUAUUGGGCAUACAAUGACUGUGCCAUUAAUCUGUGUCUUAGCUAAAGACAAAAACUGGUAAAAGGAC